AUGGAGGAAGGGUCGAAGCAGGUGAUUUACCUUCACGGUGACUUGGAUUUGGCCAUUAUUGAAGCGAGGAGCUUGCCUAACAUGGACUCAUUGACCAACCAUCUUCGGCGUUGCGUGACAGUCUGUGAGGCUUGCAAAACCCCGUCGCAGGCAACCACUGUAGAAGAAGGGGACACUAAGAUCAGGCAGCACCGUAAAAUCAUCACCAGCGACCCUUACGUUACCGUUUCGGUCCCCCAAGCCACCGUGGCUCGAACAAGCGUCUUGAAAAACGCCCAGAACCCGAGGUGGGACCAGAGUUUCGUCAUCCCCUUGGCUCAUCCCGUGUGUGAGCUCGAAAUUACUGUCAAAGACGAUGACCUCUUUGGUGCCGAAAUGAUCGGCGUUGCCAAAAUCCCCGCUCAAAAGAUUGCCAUGGGGGAGCCGAUCAGCGGCUGGUUCCAGCUCAUUGGCCCCUCGGGGAAGCCGCCUAAGCCGGACACGGCGAUUAACGUCUCUAUGAAGUUUAUGCCGUGCGAGAAGAAUCCGUUGUAUAAGCAGAGCAUCGCAAGCGAUCCGGAGCAAGCCGGUGUGAGGCACACGUAUUUCCCGUUAAGGAAAGGGGGCCAGGUGACCCUUUACCAAGAUGCUCACGUCCCGGACAACAUUUUGCCUAAAAUAGAAUUAGACGACGGUAAAGUUUAUAAUCAAGGACAGUGUUGGGAGGAUAUUUGUUAUGCUAUAUCUGAAGCUCAUCAUAUGGUUUACAUUGUUGGUUGGUCCGUUUUCCAUAAGAUUAAGCUUGUUAGAGAGCCUACUCGGCCAUUGCCACGAGGCGGGGACCUAACGCUGGGUGAUUUGCUGAAGUAUAAAUCUGAAGAAGGGGUUAGGGUUCUGUUAUUGGUUUGGGAUGAUAAAACUUCACAUGAUAAAUUUGGUAUCAGUACGGUGGGGGUGAUGGAGACACACGAUGAAGAAACGUUCAAGUUUUUUAAGCAUUCAUCUGUUACUUGUGUCCUGGCUCCACGCUAUGCUAGCAGUAAGCUGGGUUAUUUCAAACAACAGGUUGUGGGAACCAUGUUUACACAUCAUCAAAAAUGUGUUCUUGUAGACACACAGGCAGCUGGCAAUAAUCGAAAGAUAACUGCAUUUGUUGGAGGUAUCGAUCUCUGUGAUGGUCGCUAUGAUACACCUGAACAUCGAUUACUUCGUGAUCUUGAGACUACUUUUAAGGAUGAUUUUCAUAAUCCCACUUUUCCUGUUGCAGCCAAGGCUCCAAGGCAACCAUGGCAUGAUUUACACAGCAAAAUCGAAGGGCCUGCUGCAUAUGAUGUUCUUAUCAACUUUGAGCAGCGGUGGAGGAAAUCAACCAAGUGGAAAGAGUUCAGCCUACUUUUUAGAGGAAAAUCUCGAUGGAAUGAUGAUGCUUUGAUUAGGAUAGAACGAAUCUCAUGGAUACAAAGUCCUCCCCUAACUGCUACAGAGGAUGAUACUACAAUAGUUCCGGAAGAUGAUCCCAAAGUACAUGUUCAUAGUAAAGAUGAUAGAGAAAGCUGGGAUGUUCAGAUCUUCCGCUCCAUCGACUCAGGAUCAGUAAAAGGAUUUCCAAAAUACAUCAAAAGAGCUCAGAACCAGCAUCUUUCCUACGCAAAAGAUCUGGCUAUAGAUAGAAGCAUUCAAACAGCCUAUAUCCAGGCAAUCCGAUCUGCCCAGCAUUACAUAUAUAUUGAAAAUCAGUAUUUUCUUGGAUCUUCUUAUGCGUGGCCGUCGUACAAAAAUGCAGGGGCUGAUAAUCUAAUCCCAAUGGAGCUGGCACUAAAGGUUGUUAGUAAAAUUAGAGCGAGGGAGAGAUUUGCGGUAUAUAUCGUAAUUCCUCUGUGGCCUGAGGGUGAUCCAAAAUCUGCUACUGUACAGGAAAUUCUAUAUUGGCAGUCUCAGACAAUGCGAAUGAUGUAUGAUGUCAUUGCACAAGAACUCAAGUCCAUGGAAAUUAAGGACUCACAUCCUCAAGAUUACCUCAAUUUCUAUUGUCUUGGUAAGAGGGAAGAGGUCUCCAAGGAACUGCUCGGUGGUAAUGGUAAUACGGUCCCUGACUCCACAAAAUUUGGUCGGUUCAUGAUUUAUGUGCAUGCAAAGGGAAUGAUAAUAGAUGAUGAGUAUGUGAUACUGGGAUCAGCUAAUAUUAACCAAAGAUCCAUGGCUGGUACAAAAGACACUGAGAUAGCUAUGGGUGCCUAUCAACCACAUUAUACAUGGGCUGAGAAGAAAAAGCAUCCACGUGGUCAGGUAUAUGGAUAUAGAAUGUCACUAUGGGCAGAGCAUCUUGAUGAGCUGAAUAAGUGCUUCAAGGAGCCAGAAAGUCUGGCAUGUGUGAAGACAGUAAACGAAAUUGCUCAAGAGAACUGGAAGAAAUUCACAAAUACUGACUACUCACCGUUGCAGGGCCACCUUCUGAUGUAUCCUGUGCAAGUAGAUGUUGAUGGAAAAGUAAACCCUCUCCCCGGACAUGAAAAUUUCCCAGAUGUCGGUGGUAAAGUACUUGGAGCUCACUCAAUUCAACUCCCAGAUAUUCUUACGACAUAAUCAUAUCAGCAUAGCAACGCCUUCACCAUUUCUGUUUAUGUUUUCAUUUCUUUGUUGAUUUGCUUGUAGAUCUGUUGGUUUGUGGUACAUAUGUGAAAGCAGUGUGUAUCCAUUGUGUAGUUGGCUAUGUUGGUGUAGGUACUGUUGUAUCUGAAACAGUGUAAUGAAAGAAAAGAUGGGUAUUUAUUUGGGUUGCUUUGUCUUCCAUUUUUGUAGUCUGUACUGCUUCCUUUGGUAAUGCUAUGAAUAUUUUUAUUUGCUGUUGGA